UUGCCGUGCGUAAUCAUCCGCUGAUUCACAGCCGUGAGCCGCCUCCCCGCACCAGCUUCUUCCUCUUUCUUUUCUUCUUCUCCCAUUUUCUCCUUUCCUCCUCCUUCCACUUCUUCUUCAAGCUCCUCCCUUCCGCUCCGCCCCACGGUGGCCGUGACUGCUACGGGAACCUGGUUUAUUUGCUUGGGUGGGAAUUUCCGAGAAUUUGAUUGAGAACAUUGCCAAAAUUUCUUCCGCCGGUGGUCGCUGCCGCUGUCAUUUCAUUGUCCUUUGGCCGAAGGGACUGGAGGGUGUUUUUUUGAAUAAUAAACGCAUAGUAAAAUCAGGGGAAAAUAGCUCAAGUAAACACAGCCAUCGGCUGUCGCGUCUUUCUCGCUGCUACAGUGCUACUGCAGUUUUGUCGUGCAAAUGUGUAGGUGUUGUGGGCGCAAAAUACUGGGCCAAGAAUGAAGUUUAGAGUGGCGUGCAAGAAGAUUUAUGAUUACGUUCGAUAUGAUCUCAAAGAAAUAGCAUUCCCGUCUUCUUUGCCUGAUCCUCCUCACAUCAAACCACUUCCCAAACUCACAUUGAAAGAUAGCUUUCUUGUGUUGAAGAAAGCAUCUAGACUUUAUGCCGCUAGUUGGGUUAGGGACAUCGGUCCGGAGCUCAGGCCACAAGAUUACAAGAAGAAAGAGGGGAGUGAUGAUGUGCCAAUUGCAGGGAAAGGUGCACCAAAGGAUAAAGAACCAUCCACACUUGAGGACCUUGCUGUGGCUGCACGAGGGGGAAUGGAGACUUUAAGGCCAGCGCUGCAGCGUAUAUACAUGACAAGAGCUUCUGCUUAUAGAGAUGCUCUGAGAAAUUUCAUUGAAGGAUAUCAAGAAGGUAUACAAGAAGUUAUGGAGAAGAAGGAAAAUCUCAAACCUCAAGAUGGAGCUGAAUCUCCUAAAAGAUCGCCUUGAAUUAUCUAAGAAAUUGAUCUAGUGAGUCCUUAUUUUGCAUAUUUAAUUGGUGAUUAAUUAUUUGCAUCACUGUUGAUUUCUUGGACUGAAAUUGGAUGCUGGUCUUUGUGCUGUUCAAUAUCCAGUGAACAAAUAUAAAAAGCGAUUGUUGAAUCUUAGCAUUUGAAAUCCAAGGUUAUAAGAACAAGUUAUGAUAUAGUCAAGCAAAUUGUUUUUAAUUCCUCAUAAAAUAUGAAUUAAUGGAUGCACUAAGAAUGAUGAAAUAAAUGAAGCUUAGAAUUUACUUUGUUGUUCUUUAAGUGUUUUAGCUAAGUAACACAAACAUAUGAUAAAAAAGGCUCAUUGUAGAGUCAUUUUCAAGCUUUCGUUGGAGUUCAUCUUUUCAGGAACCCUUCUAUACCACAGGACUUUCUUCAGGCAUUCUUGUUGCUGAGUUUAGGCUGAUAAGAUAUGAUGAUUUCUGCGUUUUCUCAAAGGUUUUUAGACAUUUGCAUGUUAUAAUUAUAAAUGGACGUCUAUAUCCAAUUUGGAACUCGACGGAAUUAAGUUAAUGUUAAAUACAGAAAUGAGAUUAAUAAAAAUUUCAUUUCAUUACAUUUCUACCUUAAAAUGAAAACUGCAAUUAUGGAAAUUUUGUUUUUUUGUACGGCAUUUCACUCAAUUUCUUUGCGAAUACGAGUAGAAGAGAUUCAGUGGCAGCUUAACUCCUUCUUUGGCUGAUUGGUUGAGUAAAUUAGAUAGAAUAACCAAUGUUAGCCACUACAGGAUUACAUGUCUUUAGCAUUUUACAAUAUUUUGAUUCUUCCCUUGAGAAGGAAAAGUCUGUUUCCUUCCCAAGGUGUUAUUGGUUUUUAUCUUUUUGUAGAGACAUAGAAGUGGUCGAAAGAUGCAGAAACAGGACUUUUAGGCUGUGGAAAAUUGUUGUUAUUGUUUUUGUCGUAUUUUGUUAUUUCAUUUCUGUAAUAUGUUAAUGAUACCUCAUCGCCACUCCUCUGCAGUCAUCAUUAUUAAUUUUCACAAUGACUCUGUUCAGUUUCUUUAGUCAGAAAAAAAUAUUACUUUAGAAACAUCCCGCAAGGAGGAUGAAAGCUCGCCUGGUCUUGAAUUCAAUCUCUUCUUCUAAGGUUCAAAUCAAGUGGUGAAUUAAAUCAGGACUGCAAAACAAUUCUGGAUUGCUGGUAGUUCAGAAUAUCGAUGAAUUACAUCAGGAUGGUGAAACAAUUUCUGGUAUAUCUCAUGAUACAAAUUUUAAUUGGUGUUUCGAUUAUCUUUUACUCCACAAACUGAGAAUAAAGCACAAGAAUGCCGAUUGUUCAGGAUAGUAUUCACGAAUUAAAUCAAGACAACAAAAUGAUUCUCGAUAUAUAUCUCACAUUAUAGGUGCUGUCAUGGUUUUGAAUUGUUCAGUUACAGUGUUUUUAUUAUUUGCUGAAGCUUGUAUUUCGAUGCAGUAGUUGUUUAAAACUUUAAUAGUCUGUUUCUAUACAAUGUUUUGAUUAUGUGCU